AUGAUAAGGUUAGUGCGUGCAUCGCCACUCCGAUACUUCCAGACCAAAGUAGGGCAAGGUUCGCGGGUGUGUUUGCGGUACUUUAACUCGCAUGCAAGGCCACUUUUGCAGAAAUCAAUGUCGUUGAAAAACCUCCAGAUAUCAGACACAUCGGCAUCACCACUCUCCAUUAACAAGGAGAAAGAGGAGAAGGAGAAGGAGAAGGAGAAGGAGAAUGACGGAAAACGUCCUAUCGGCCUAUUAGACAAAUUUUCGGAGAACUUUAUUACUCAGGGGAAUGGGCUGAAACCAACUACUUCGCAGAAUCAGUUGGAUACCAUAACAUUCUACCAAAUGCUUCGCGAGAGUGGCAACUUCUCGGAUGAACAAUCUAAACUUGUCAUUUCUUUAUUGUUGCAACUGCUAAAUAAUGAGUUCUAUUCCUGUUAUAAUGAGUUGUUCCUGAGAGACAUGGAACUCAACAAACAAUCUCAUUUGUUCAGCUCCCUGGAGACAGAACUGAAGUUUGCCAUCCAAAAUUCCAGAGACACGCAACUGAACGAGCAUCAUUUGCAGCUGUUGAAACUCAAGAGAGAACUCAACGCCAUCCAUGACGAACUGAACGAGAUCAUAAUAGAUUUCUUGCAAAAGGACGCUAAACUGGAGUUCAACAACCAGAAAUUGGAAAACACUCUGCUGUAUAGACAGAUCAACUUAAAGUUGAACGGCUGCUCCAACAAGAUUCAAACCAAGAUACUGGGCGAUAUACGGUCACAUAUCGAGAAUUUGAGAUGGCAAACAACAAGGAGCGGUCUCUUGAUAAUACUGGUCCUUGUUUGUUCAAUCAUGAUCGGUGUUAGUGCAUCCAAGAAGGAACAACCCGUGCCGCAGGAGCAGCAGGAGUUCGAGACUCUCCCGCAAGGACAGGAUAUCGGCGCCACUAUCCCUCAAGACCAACUCUAA